AAAUUUUGAUGUUGCCUUGAAUUUUGAUUGUUGAAUCCAGGACAAGAAUGGGCCGCCCAUACGAUCAGCGAUAAAGUCUUACGUCGCUGUUAUAUCGGGCCCCCACUAACUUAUCGACGGUUCAAACAGCUGAUCGUGUCAAAACAUACACAAGGCCGAAAGAAAGUUUUGUGGCGGCAAAGCUAUGGGUUUGGAGCAGGAGGUACGCUACGGACUACGGCAGGACGUACGUAAGCAACUUUGCAAGAUGACGACAAGAAAAUAGGUUAAGUAAAAAGACCUUUCACUCUUUGCGGCGCAAGAAUAAACGCCCGUUUCACCAGUGAUGUGGACGUGUUGCCAUGAAGUACACGGACGCCGCUACUCCGGUUAGAAAGUUUCGGAUGCCAUUUGCCUCGAUAUACAAUCAUUAAUAUUUGACAGUGCGUACUUUAUUUAGUUUAGAAUAGGUAUUUUCGUUAAAUUUUUUUUAUUAGCAAUCACCAUGGCUGCAAUACUUACACGUACAAAGAGAAUAGUAAUGGAAAAGAGUGAGAGACAGGAUGAUUCUAAGACAAUUCGCGUUGUGUUCGUAUCUUUAUUAUUAGAUUUAUUGGCAUUUACAAUUAUUUUACCAUUGUUUCCUGCACUACUUGACCAUUACCACCGUACAGAUAAUGGCAAAGGAUUGUACUCAAUUAUUUUCAAUAAAGUUCAUAAAUUGAAUACCAUGUUGAAUGCGCCUGAUAAUGUGAAUACAGUAUUAUUUGGAGGUUUUCUGGGAUCCAUGUAUUCCUUUUUACAGUUUCUUGGGUCUCCAAUUAUUGGAGCUCUGUCAGACAUUUAUGGGAGGAAACCUCUCAUGAUUCUUUGUCUUAUAGGAAUAGCUUUAUCUUAUUUAUUGUGGGCUAUGUCCAGUAAUUUUGGCCUUUUCAUCUUAGCUAGAGUACUUGGUGGUAUAAGUAAAGGCAACGUAAGUUUAUCUAUGGCAAUUAUUAGCGAUGUUACUUCUCCAGCAACAAGAGGCAGAGCCAUGGCAUUGGUUGGCAUUGCUUUUUCAGUAGGAUUUGUAUUGGGGCCAAUGAUUGGUGCUAUGUUUGCAAAAAUGUCAAUUGGAAGUAGGGAAGGCCAAUGGUAUGCAUUUCCAGCUAUGUUUGCCUUUUUUUUAUCCAUGUGUGAUUUACUUUAUGUUGCAAUCAAUAUGAAAGAAAGUUUGCCAAUACAACAAAGAGCAAAAUCACUUGUUAAUGGAAUUUCGGGUGCUUUGACUUAUAUAAACCCAAUGGAUCUAUUUCAGUUUAAUGGCGUCACUGGCUUAACUCAUUCGGAUCUUUAUAGAUUAAGAAACUUAGGAAGAACCUACUUCUUAUAUUUAUUUAUAUACAGUGGCCUAGAGUUUACUCUGACAUUCUUAACCCAUUAUUCAUUUGGUUUUACACACAUGCAACAGGGAUGGAUGUUCCUAGGAAUAGGCACAACAAUGGCCAUUUUACAAGGGAGUUGGGUUAGGCACAUUCCACAACAUAGAACUAAAGCAGUAACAGAAUUGGGCCUUUGGCUUAUUAUUCCAUCAUUUAUAUGCAUAGGCAUCGCUAAAGAUGUAAUGACGCUUUAUUUUGGAAUUUUUCUCUUUGCAGUUUCUACUGCAAUGGUUGUUACAUGUAUCAUGACAUUGGUAACACGCGUUGGUCCAGAAAAUCAGAAGGGUAUAAUAACAGGAAUAUUCCGAUCGUUGGGAGCGUUAGCCAGAGGUUGUGGUCCUAUCGUUGCUUCUAUAGCUUUUUGGAGUCUUGGAAGUUCAACGUCAUACUUAAUUGGAGCAGUGGCUUUAAUAGCCCCACCAAUAAUAUUGAGAAGUAUAACUUAAAAAAUAUACUUUUAUGUAGUGCCUUAACUACGUGCAUUAUUAACAUUAUGUGAUAUGGAAUUUAAUACACAACAGUUUAUACUCUUAGCGAUCAAGUAU